AUAUUAGAACUUCACAAACUCAAGUAAACUCAAAGAAGAUAAUCUAAACUAAAAAGUACAAGACUUGGCCAUUGAUCCGAUUAUCUAUAUAUGAUUAAUAAAUAGAGUAUCUCACUUACUAAUAAAUUAAUAUCUCGUUAUAAUAUUAUAUUUACUAUGAUAUCUGUCUCCUCUCUCUCUCUCUCACCAACAUGUAGAAGGGGAAGAAGAUGUUCUUCAUCUCAUACAUCACGAAAAGUCAGCGUCUCUCUCUCUCUUCAUCAUCUACCUUCCUUCCUUCUUCUCCUCAAUCUUUUCUCAAGAAAAUCACAAACUUUCCCAAGAAAACACUCACAACUACGAUACUAGAAAUAUAAUCUCUUCUUUCUCUAUCUCUCCCUCGGAUAUGUUAUGAUCAUAUUAUCUUGAUUCUCGAUCAGUUUCUUUCCUCUAUAUAGUUUGUAUAUAUUACAGCAAGAUAUAUAUAUAUAUACACUCAUCAUCGUCAUAUAUAGAUUAUGUGCAGCGUCUCUGAGCUUCUUGACAUGGAUAGCUUCCAAGGAGACUUAACAGACGUCGUACGAGGAAUCGGAGGGCAUGUGUUGUCGCCGGAAACUCCACCUCAGAACAUCUGGCCUCUUCCUCUCACGCAUCCACUACCAUCGUCGUCAUCAGAUCUUCAUAUAAAUCCCUUUGGAGAUCCAUUUGUGAGCAUGAACGAUCCACUCCUUCAAGAACUCAACGCCGUCACAAACUCCAGCUAUUUCUCCACCGUAGGAGAUAGCAACAACACCAAUAAUAACGGUUUCUUGGUUCCUAAGGUAUUCGAGGAGGACCAUAUAAAGAGUCAAUGCAGUAUCUUCCCAAGAAUCCGGAUCUCGCAUAGUAACAUCAUCCACGAUUCCUCUCCGUGUAAUUCUCCGGCCAUGUCGGCUCACGCUGUCGCCGCCGCAGCAGCCGCCUCACCGAGAGGGAUCAUCAACGUAGACACAAACAGUCCUAGAAACUGUCUAUUGGUCGAUGGCAACACGUUCUCUUCGCAGAUUCAGAUAUCUUCCCCUCGGAAUCUAGGCCUUAAAAGAAGGAAGAGUCAAGCAAAGAAGGUGGUCUGCAUACCAGCGCCGGCUGCGAUGAACAGCCGAUCAAGUGGAGAAGUGGUUCCGUCUGAUCUAUGGGCUUGGCGUAAGUACGGUCAAAAACCCAUCAAAGGCUCUCCUUUUCCAAGGGGUUACUAUAGAUGCAGCAGCUCAAAAGGUUGUUCAGCAAGAAAGCAAGUCGAAAGGAGCCGAACCGAUCCAAACAUGUUGGUGAUUACAUAUACCUCGGAACAUAACCAUCCUUGGCCCAUCCAACGAAACGCUCUCGCUGGGUCCACACGCUCCUCCUCUUCCUCCGCUAACCCUAAUUCCUCUAAAUCCCCAACGGCAAACGCAAACGCAGCCGCCUCAUCCAUUGGCUCCCAAACCACCUACUUGCCUUCCUCCGCCACUCCUCCUCCUCCUCCUCCUCCUCCUCCUGUCUCAGUCUCCUCAGUAAAAGAUGAACGAGGAGAUGAUAUGGAGUUGGAAAAUGUAGAAGACGAUGACGAUGUUGCUCCAUAUAGACCGGAGCUUCAUGAUCAUCAGAACCAGCCAGAUGAUUUCUUCGCAGAUCUUGAAGAGUUAGAAGGAGAUUCUCUAAGCAUGUUGCUUUCUCAAGGCUGUGCCGGCGAUGGGAAAGAUAAAAAGAUGGCGUCUGAUGGGAUCAGCGAUUUCUUCGGCUGGUCGAGGGAUAACAGUAAUAAUAAUAAUAAUAACUACGACCAAGAGUCAAGGUCGUUAUAGAUAGUGUUAAUUACAGAUAAAAGUAUUAUUUUUAAUUAAGUUGAGCUUGUGAAAAUGACGAUCGUAGUGUCUGCUCAGGUCUGGGCUAAUGAGCUGGUUACUUGACAGACCAGUAUUUAUCGUCAUUUGUUCUACAUAUAUUUGUUUUUUGUUUUUUUGUUUUUUUUUGUUUCCGGCGGAUCCCUCUUGUAUAGUUAAAAAAAAAAAAGAAUUGAAAAGCAAAG